CUGCGCAGGCUUGGGCGCGCGCUCUCGCGCUCUGCAGGCUCCAGGGGUUCCUCCCUCCUCCAGAGCUGCCUGGCCGCCGCGCGGGAGGGAGGCCGGGAUGGCAGAUGAGAUUGCCAAGGCUCAGGUCGCCAGGCCUGGUGGCGACACGAUCUUCGGGAAGAUCAUCCGCAAGGAAAUCCCAGCCAAAAUCAUUUUCGAGGAUGACCGGUGUCUUGCUUUCCAUGACAUCUCCCCUCAAGCACCAACACAUUUUCUGGUGAUACCCAAGAAACAUAUAUCCCAGAUUUCUGCAGCAGAAGAUGAUGAUGAAAGUCUUCUUGGACAUUUAAUGAUUGUUGGCAAGAAAUGUGCUGCUGAUCUAGGCCUGAAGAAGGGCUAUCGAAUGGUGGUGAAUGAAGGUUCAGAUGGGGGACAAUCUGUCUAUCAUGUUCAUCUCCAUGUUCUUGGUGGUCGGCAGAUGAAUUGGCCUCCUGGUUAAGCAUGUUUUGCGGAUAAUUUUCCCUACUCUAGGCAGUGAUCAACUUUGCAAGUUCUAGUAUGUUAAACAGCACACUUGUUUUUGCCUGUGUAUGGAAAGAUUAAGGAAAUAAUUUUAAAAAAUUCAUAUGUAAUAAAAAGAUUUGCAAUCUCUCUAAA